GCGGCUGGGUCUCUCCCAUUAUGGCGGAGCGGCCGGCGGUGCGGACGGACUGUCUUUCCCCCUCCGAUGUUUGCUUCGUGUCUUGAGGGAGGGCGCCUUAUUUACCCUCUUUUGUAGCUUCCCCCUCACGUUAGCGCUACGUCUUCUUCAACACGCCUGCCCGGGUGUGUGUGUUUUUUUUCCGGCCAAGUCAUGGCGGAGCGCGGCGUGGAUUUGUCAGUCCUGCCAAAGGAGGUUCGAGACCAAUUGGCUGAGUUGGACUUGGAGCUGUCUGAAGGUGACAUCACACAGAAAGGAUUUGAGAAGAAAAGAGCCAAGCUGCUGGCUUCUUACAUCCCCCAUUUGCCCAAUGUGGAUGUGACUUUGCCAGAUGUGCAGCUUUCCCCGGGCCACAGUGGCGACCCCACUCCAAGUCCCGAGGCCCCGGGACCCUCAACAUCUUCAGCCUCCAGACACCACCGUGCACACCGCAGUGGAGGGGCCAGAGAUGAGCGCUACAGAUCAGACAUUCACACAGAAGCUGUGCAGGCAGCACUGGCCAAACACAAAGAGGAAAAGAUGGCACUGCCCAUGCCAACCAAGAGACGCUCAGCCUUUGUUCAGUCUCCAAGUGACGCUUGCACACCUCCAGACACAUCUUCUGCAUCAGAGGAUGAGGGCUCAUUGCGCAGAAAGGCCGCCCUGAGUGCGGCGCUUGCUCAGGGCCUGCAGAGCCCUGAUUACUGGAUCAAUCGUUCCGUCCAAAGUUCCUCCACAUCCUCAUCGGCGUCCUCCACCCUCUCCCAUGGAGAGCCCAAAAGCCAGCCUCAGCCCCAGCCUGCUGCUUCCUUAUUGGCUGACGUACUAGCCCACACCCGCAUAGAAAACAGUGUCCCUCCAGAUGUCACAGCCUCUACUCCUCAAGACAGAAGUUCGAGGGUGGACCUUCCUCCUGCUGUUAGGGGCAUGAGUCGUGGGCAGAGCCGCUGUAGCAUACUUGAUACUGCUGACGGUGUGCCUGUUAACAGCAGAGUGUCCACUAAAAUUCAGCAGCUGCUAAACACAUUGAAGCGGCCUAAAAGACCACCACUCAGUGAAUUCUUCCUUGAUGACUCUGAAGAAAUAGUAGAAAUUCCCCAGCCAGACCCUAACACCCCAAAGCCUGAGGGGCGUCAAAUCAUCCCGGUAAAGGGGGAGCCCCUUGGUGUUGUUAGUAACUGGCCGCCGGCCUUGCAAGCAGCCCUGGCCCGCUGGGGUGCCACCCAAGCCAAAAGUCCUGCCCUUACAGCUCUGGAUAUCACAGGCAAACCCCUCUACACUCUCACAUAUGGCAAACUGUGGAGUCGCAGUCUAAAACUGGCCUACACUCUGCUCAAUAAACUGGGCACAAAGACAGAACCUGUGCUACAACCUGGAGAUCGAGUGGCGUUGGUUUACCCUAACAGUGAUCCCGGAAUGUUCUGGGUAGCGUUCUAUGGAUGUUUGCUGGCUGAGGUUAUCCCAGUGCCUAUUGAAGUACCGCUGUCCAAACAGGAUGCAGGCAGCCAGCAGAUCGGCUUCCUAUUAGGAAGCUGCGGUGUCGGCCUCGCACUGACCAGUGAGGUCUGUCUUAAAGGUCUGCCCAAGACACCAAAUGGAGAGAUCAUCCAGUUCAAAGGAUGGCCACGAAUGAAAUGGGUGGUGACAGACACCAAGUACCUGACUAAACCCUCCAAAGACUGGCAGCCUCAUAUUCCCACCGCCAACACAGACACCGCCUACAUUGAGUACAAAGCGAGUAAGGAGGGGACAGUGAUGGGAGUCGCUGUGUCCAAGAUCUCCAUGCUGACUCACUGUCAAGCCCUGACUCAGGCCUGUAAUUACUGUGAAGGGGAGACUUUGGUUAACGUGCUGGACUGUAAAAAGGAUAUGGGCUUGUGGCAUGGUGUUUUAACGAGUGUCAUGAACAGAAUCCACACCAUCACCGUACCAUAUGCCGUCAUGAAAGCCUGUCCGAUAUCCUGGGUGCAGAGAGUCCACAUUCACAAAGCUCGUGUGGCCUUGGUGAAGUGCCGAGACCUUCACUGGGCAAUGAUGGCCCACAAAGAGCAGAGAGACACCAACCUGUCCUCCAUACGAAUGCUUAUAGUUGCUGACGGAGCAAACCCAUGGUCUGUGUCGUCAUGUGAUGCCUUCCUGAAUGUGUUCCAGUCUCAUGGUCUAAAGCCUGAGGUAAUCUGUCCUUGUGCCACCUCUCCCGAGGCCUUGACGGUGGCCAUACGCAGGCCUGGUGCACGGGGAGCUCCUCUGCCAGCCAGGGCCAUUCUGUCCAUGGGCGGGCUGAGCCAUGGCGUGAUCAGAGUUAACACAGAGGACAAAAAUUCAGCCUUAACUGUUCAAGACGUGGGCCAUAUCAUGCCUGGAGCUCUGAUGUGCAUCGUGAAACCAGACGGGUCUCCGCAGCUGUGCAAAACUGAUGAGAUAGGAGAGAUUGUGAUCAGCUCUCGAGCGGGAGGCACCAUGUACUACGGUCUUCCUGGUGUCACCAAAAAUACAUUUGAGGUGAUCCCUGUCAACCAAUCUGGAGCACCAUUAGGAGAAGUUCCCUUUAGCCGUACUGGUCUGCUUGGAUUUGUCGGACCAGGCAGCCUAGUAUUUGUUGUGGGGAAGAUCGAGGGGUUGCUGAUGGUGAGCAGGCGACGCCAUAACGCUGACGACCUGGUGGCUACCGCUCUCGCAGUGGAACCUGUCAAAACAGUUUACAGGGGGAGAAUCGCUGUGUUCUCAGUUACGGUGUUUUAUGACGAGAGGAUCAUAAUUGUAGCAGAGCAGCGUCCUGAUGCCAGUGAAGAGGACAGUUUCCAAUGGAUGAGUCGAGUUCUGCAGGCCAUCGACAGUAUCCACCAGGUAGGCCUGUACUGCCUUGCCCUGGUUCCAGCAAACACCCUCCCAAAGACCCCACUCGGAGGCAUCCACAUCUGCGAAACCAAGCAGAACUUUCUGGAAGGAAACCUGCACCCCUGCAAUAUUCUCUUGUGUCCGCACACCUGUGUUACCAACAUGCCCAAACCACGGCAGAAGUUGCCUGUGGAUGUUGGUCCAGCUUCUAUGCUGGUGGGCAACCUCGUGGCAGGAAAACGCAUCGCCCAGGCCACAGGUAGAGAACUGGGUGUGGUGGAGGACCAGGAUCUGAUCAGAAAGCACCAGUUCUUAUCUGAAUCACUGCAGUGGAGAGCCCAGACUGACCCGGACCAUGUUCUUUAUGUGCUUCUGAAUGCAAAGGGGGUGGCAGUGUGCACAGCCACCUGUGCUCAGCUACACAAACGAGCAGAGAAAAUAACAGCCACCCUCAUGGAGCGAGGAGGCCUCAACACAGGAGACAAUGUGGUGCUGCUUUAUCCCCCAGGGAUUGACCUCAUCGCUGCCUUCUAUGGUUGUCUUUAUGCUGGCGUUAUACCUGUGACCGUUAGACCCCCCCACCCACAAAACCUGGCUGCCACUCUCCCCACUGUCCGCAUGAUAAUUGACGUGAGCAAAGCAGCCUGCAUCCUCACCACUCAGCCUCUCAUGAGGAUCCUCAGGUCCAGGGAAGCUGCUGCCAGCGUCAACAUCAAAACAUGGCCCACCAUCAUUGAUACAGAUGAUCUCCCAAGAAAGCGUCCUCCACAAAUCUAUAAACCCCCUACAGCUGAGAUGUUAGCUUACCUGGACUUCAGUGUGUCUACCACAGGAAUGUUAACUGGAGUUAAGAUGUCUCACGCUGCAGUUAGCACUCUGUGCCGCUCCAUCAAGCUGCAGUGUGAACUCUACUCCUCACGUCAAAUAGCCAUCUGCCUGGACCCCUACUGUGGCCUCGGCUUUGUCCUGUGGUGCCUCUCCAGUGUUUACUCAGGUCACCAGUCCAUCCUCAUCCCUCCCUUGGAGCUGGAGAGCUCGCUUCCUCUGUGGCUGAGCACGCUCAGUCAGUACAAGAUCAGAGACACCUUCUGCUCAUACUCCGUAAUGGAGCUUUGUACCAAGGGCCUUGGAACCCAGACGGAAAUGCUGAAGGCGCGAGGUCUGAAUCUGUCUUGCGUGCGGAGCUGCGUAGUGAUAGCAGAGGAGCGCCCUCGACUUUCCCUCACACAGUCCUUCUCCAAGCUCUUCAAAGAUCUCGGUCUGUCGUCGCGAGCCGUCAGCACCGCCUUUGGCUCCAGGGUUAAUCUGGCCAUCUGUAUGCAGGGCACAGCUGGACCAGACCCCUCCACCGUCUAUGUAGACAUGAAGUCUCUGCGUCAUGACAGGGUGAGACUCGUGGAACGGGGAGCUCCACAAAGUCUUCCGCUCAUGGAAUCGGGCACUAUCCUACCAGGGGUGAGGGUCAUUAUCGUCAGCCCAGAGACCAGAGGUCCACUGGGAGACUCUCAUCUUGGCGAGAUUUGGGUGAACAGUCCUCACAGUGCAAGCGGCUACUAUACCAUCUACGGGGAGGAAAGCCUGCAGGCAGACCACUUCAACACACGACUCAGCUUUGGGGAGCCUAACACUCUGUGGGCCAGGACAGGCUACCUGGGCUUCAUCAAGAGAACUGAGCUACUGGAUGCUAGUGGAGAUCGCCAUGAUGCCUUGUUUGUAGUGGGCUCCCUGGAUGAGACAUUGGAGCUGAGGGGUUUGCGUUACCACCCUAUUGACAUGGAGACGUCUGUGUCUCGAGCUCAUCGCAGCAUCGCAGAGAGUGCCGUGUUUACGUGGACCAACCUGCUGGUGGUGGUUGCCGAGCUGGGCGGCUCCGAGCAGGAAGCGCUGGACCUGGUGCCCCUAGUCACCAACGUGGUCCUGGAGGAGCACCACCUCAUCGUAGGUGUGGUGGUCAUCGUGGACCCGGGAGUGAUCCCCAUCAACUCCAGAGGGGAGAAGCAGCGGAUGCACCUGCGGGACUCCUUCCUGGCAGAUCAACUGGACCCCAUUUACGUGGCCUACAACAUGUGAUCUGGCUUCAUGCACUUGCACGCAACUGCGAGCGCACAUGAGGGAAAGGAACUUUACAAGUCAGCCACACAUUGAAAUCGCCAGUCUUGCAAUGAAUAUACAGUAGCAGUACUGUAACAAAGUGUGCUUCCUACUCCUCCCUCAUUGCUCAUUUUACAAGACAUUUUUAAUUACAAACAUUAUUUGCUUUUCAUCCAUCCAGAUUUUUUUGUCUCCCCCCCCCAAAAAAAAGCUCUCACUUUUCAGUGACAGGAAGGAACUACAGAGAAGAGCUGGAACUUUCCCCCCUUGCACUUUAAGUCCUCACACCUCUGAUAUUCCCAGUUACAGCUUGACAGGAGAAACCUCACCGUCAGUAUUAAUUAAGUGCUGCCAGCAGGGGGCGCCGCGACACGUUGCCUGUGUGCAAAAUGGCAGCAGAUGUUAAGUGUCUGAAAAUGCACUUGAAUAAGGUUAAGGAGAUAAGCAAAAAAAAAAGGCACAAAAUGUGCUUAGUGACUCCUGGAGAGAACAAAAGAUAAAGGUUAUAUCAUGCAACAAUACCUUCCAUCCAUCCAUUUUCUACCGCUUAUUCCCUUUGGGGCAACAAUACCUGCUUUUUUCAAAUCCCCUAUCAAAGACAAAAUAGAAUCCAAAAUGGAAUUGAAACUUGAGCUAGUUUGAAUGUGUAAUCUUUGGUUCAAAUAGCACACAUUUAUUGUUUUUUUUCAUGCUCCAAAAAGGCACAUAUGUCAUAUCCUGCACAGAAAGAGCCCUUAGCAUUCAAGAAAAAAAAAUCUUCAUGACAGCUGAACAUUGUCUAAGUGAUCUGGAUGACUCACUGGAAAGUGGGCUUCUUAGUGAAAAAGCAGCCCACCUAGCGCGCUUUAGACCACAUAGCACAGUCUUUGUAAUUGUAAGCACACUGCUUUUGCUCUCAAUCGUGCAUCGUUGUUACAUCUUAGGCACACAGCACAUCUCAGAACACAGUUGAAUAGCAUAGGUCGAUUAUUACAAGGCAGGCCUAGGCCUUUUCACAAUAAAGCCCCAUUGUGACAGUAUGGACUGUUGAAUUUCACAGAGAUCACAAGUGAGGACAGAACUUUGCCUUAUUGAAACCUGUGUAACUGUAAUUUGAAGCUCCUCCUCUCAUUUAGAAGUUAUUCCACCAGCUUCUAACCUAACUCAUGUCUUCUUUUUUUUUAAGUUGUAUUUUUUUUUCCCUCAUUCCAUCAUCACUUAUUCCAAUGCUUUCUGAAUGUCUAACACUGAGAACAACAAUCAGAGUGACAGUUACAAGCAAGUCAGAGAUGAAUAUGAAAAAAAAAAAAUCCUACUUUGCAAAAGUUGUAUAGGAGACAAAUGAGGGUAAGGAUGUCAAUAUGUAUUCUGUAUUUUAGGUCAAAUACUGUUAUCACUGGUGUUAUUGUGUAUACAUGAGACUUGACUGAUGUUUCAUACUUGACAGCAUUUUUAUUAUUUUAGUAUGGUUUCAUGUUGCAACAUUUAGAGGAUUCUAGCAGGAACACCAUGCACUUUCCCCAAUAUCGUUCAGUGCGAGUGUGCGUGUGUCUGAGGUGUGUGCGUGUGUUGUGAUGAAUUGGCUUUUCUUAGUGAAACUUUUUUUUUUUUUUUUAAAGAAUAUGAAACCAUCUUUUUUUUAAGAAAAUGUUUUCUUUAUAUUCCUUUUUUAACGUCGCCUUCACUGUACUUUAGUCCGUUCCAUCCAGAUAUGGAAAUUAAUAUAUUUUAUAGGGUUUUCAUUGCUAUUUUCUUGUUUGAAACGCCACAAUUCCUGCAAAUGAGCUGCUUUACUUGAUGGAAAGCAGCUCGGCCACUUGUCACUUUGCAUUCAGUGUCACACGCUGACAUGUUUGCAGGCAAGUAAAAACAAAUCAUCGAAGAAGUGAAGCAUUUGAGCCACUUUGUGAUUCCUCUGUUGCAACUGUCUCACUCUGAGAUGUUUUUAAUAAACUUUUAUAAUUUAAUGUUGGCCUUUAAGCCUUUUUCAAUUGAUACUGGUGCUAUUCAAUUAGGGGAGAAAACAUGUCGUCCAAUGUCUGGAUGCUCAUAAGUGGUUCAUUGUUUUGUUCCAGAAGGGGUCCUCACCAGUUGUGGCAGUUCUGACAAAAAAUAUCAGCAUGCAAUGUAAGUACAAAUAAUUCAACAUUUUCAAGUUGCAGUGAGUGAUCCAGAUUCCAAGCACAUAUGUUAACGUGUAUGCAAGUUUGGAUCUUGUUCUCACACACACAAACCCAAGGGCCCACAAUAUUGUAUACCUCAAUGACUUGUCUCUUCACUAUGCAUCACCGAGCUGCAGCAGUUCUGUUCAAAUGGUGCGAUUUCUCCUAACAUGUCUGGACAAACGAAAAAAAAAUGCUGUCACACUGUCAUUGGAUGUGGUUCAUGUCAAAUAAAAUCAGAUGCUUUGUCAGAAA